ACUUUUGGUUUGGGAAAACAAUAUGAAUGGAUAUGGAUGAUGCGCUACUGCAGGAUCUCUAUGUAUGGGUUGACAAGAUUCCCCUAUCUCGAAUCAAAAGAAAUAUCGCUCGUGAUUUUUCAGAUGGUGUUCUGAUGGCUGAAGUUAUGAAGUAUUUUUUUCCUAAAUUUGUAGACGUACAUAACUUCCCAACUUGUAACUCUGUUGAAUCCAAACGUAAAAACUGGCAACUUUUGAACUGGAAAGUUUUCAAAAAGCUAAAUUUUGAGCUCUCGGAUGACGUCAUAGAAAGUUUAUCUAUUGCCAAGCCAGGAACUAUCGAAAAAGUUCUAUUGUUACUCAGAACUAGAAUUGAGCGAAUAGUUACAGAUGAUAAAGGCAAAUUUUAUGAUUAUCGACCCGAGGCGGAUCGCUAUCCACAUGCUCGUGGAGUCCGUGAUGAGUCAAAAUCUCCUGUGAAUAAAUCCCGAAACAAAAGAAUGGGGAAUUCUCAGUCUCUCCCAGGAAUUCGUCCACCUUCAUUAGAUCAUCCUGUCAAAUACCCUGGAAUGACAUCUGUUGCACGGGAACAUAGUCCAAAUGGGCAUGUAUACAUGAAUGAUCAAAGACCAAAGUGUACAUUAACAAAACGUUCUGAAUAUGUUCCACGUGUCUAUCUUGACGAGAAAAUUCAGCAGUGCAUAACUUUGAAUGAGACUAUUGAAAUAUUACAUGCCAAACUUAGGAAACUGGAGAGCCUUUUGUCACUGAAGGAUAGAAAGAUCGAUGAGUUGCAGAAACAGAUCAACUGGUUUUCACUAAAACGAAACUAA